CUCCCCUCCCUCUGGCGGCCCCGCCCCCAGCCUCAGGCCUCUCAGAAUUUAGGAUCUGAGCAGCUGAUGCCCGUUCUGCAGCUCCAAGCUGUCAUGGACCCUGAAGGCCUGGCGCUCUUGCUCCCCCCUACCACUCUGGCUGCCCUGGCCGACAGCUGGCUCCAUGAGGACUGUCCCAGCCUCAACUACACAGCCUUGGUCACAGGGGCAGCCCCCUCGCAGGCGGCACUGUGGGCCAAAUCCCCCGGGGUCCUGGCCGGGAGGCCUUUCUUCGAUGCCAUCUUUGCCCAAGUCAACUGCCAGGUCUCCUGGUUCCUCCCCGAGGGAUCAAAGUUGGUGCCUGUGGCCAAGGUGGCCGAGGUCCGGGGCCCUGCCCACUGCCUACUGCUGGGGGAGCGGGUGGCCCUAAACAUGCUUGCCCGCUGCAGUGGAGUUGCCAGCUCUGCAGCUGCUGCGGUGGCAGCUGCCAGGGGGACUGGCUGGGCCGGACAUGUGGCCGGUACCAGGAAGACCACGCCAGGCUUCCGGCUGGUAGAGAAGUAUGGGCUCCUUGUGGGUGGAGCCGCCCCCCACCGCUAUGACUUGGCAGGGCUGGUGAUGGUGAAGGACAACCACGUCGUGGCAGCCGGUGGUGUGAAAAAGGCGGUGCAAGGGGCCCGGCGGGCGGCUAACUUCGCCCUGAAGGUGGAGGUGGAGUGCAGCAGCCUACAGGAGGCUUUGCAGGCGGCUGAGGCGGGAGCGGACCUUAUCUUGCUGGACAACUUCAGGCCGGAGGAGCUGCACCUCACGGCUGAAGUGCUGAAGGCCCAGUUCCCAAGCGUGCGCGUGGAGGCCAGUGGGGGCAUCACGCUGGAGAAUCUCCCUCAGUUCUGCGGGCCACACAUAGAUGUCAUCUCUUUGGGGAUGCUGACCCAGGCUGCCCCGGCCCUGGACUUCUCCCUCAAGCUGUUUGCUGAAGGGACCACUCCAGUGCCCCAUGCCGCCUGUCCUAAAGCUGAAGAGGUGACACCGGCAAUGGGAUAACAUGGUUUCCCGAGACCCUCAACGUCACAUAUCUUUAAGAACAGUGGCCAACAGGACACUCUCAGUGUUAGCCUGGGCUAAUAUCUGACUCUGCCACUUCAUGCUGUGUAACCCCGAAGGGCUGACUUUACCUCUGCUCACCUCAGUUGUCAAAUCUGUAAAAUGGGUCUAAUAAAUGAUUAACCUCAUGGA